CCAUGUAAUGUAUGUGGAGCUUCAGAAUCAGAAACGCGUUCUGUUUUCACUGCCUUGUCACACAAUCUCAACUCUCACUACAGUUGACUUUAACAUGGACACAGAGUACACAGGGGCAGUAAACAACCAAGGAAAGAAAGAAAGAAUUGUCAAGGGAGGGAGACAUCCAAUGGUCUUUUCUUGGUGGGUCCUACCUUGGAGGAGCGAGGGAUUCUUCCCCAAUUGAACCCCCUUUCUGCCGUAGCCUGAAAAACAAUACUCCUAAUAAAACCAGCUUUCCAGAAACAAAAUUUUGAUUGCCAACCGACAAUAUCACAACCGAGGGUAUAAAAAGAUCUCUGUCUUUCUCAAAUUUGAGAGAACAGCCAGCUAGGUUAAAUUCGCGUGGAUGGGGUUUUAAGAUGGCAACAAACCAAACCAACAUACCCUUCACCAUCAUCUUUGUAUAGUCGCUGAGGAGACAGUUCUCAUAGAAUCUUCACAUAAAGAAAGAUUGGGUUUUCUGGGUUUGGUUUAUCAGUGGUGUUUUGGGUUUGAAGAACUAGGGUCAAUGUUUUAAAGCGAAUUUUGUAGACCUUAUUGUCUGGAAAUGAGCAAACUGAUAGCUCGUUGAGUACCUCAACCCUUGGAUCAAAAGCUUCUAAGGAUAUUUUCUGUUGAUGAUGUUUGUGCAACUCGGACUGGUUGGGUUUCUUAACACUGGGGGCGGGGAAGAAUUUCUUCUUGAAAAUUCCUAUUUCUGUUUUUCCUAUUCACUUAUCUUUUGUGUUUUUUUGUCCUGACCUUUUGCAUUUCUAGUUUACUUUUUGGAGAUGGAGACUUGAAGAUUAUAACACAAUGGAAGAUGCAGCCUUUACGCCUAGUACAAUGUUGGAAACAUUUUCAGACACUAUGGAUUUUGAUCUUAUGGAUGAUCUCCUACUUGAUGGAUACUGGUUAGAGACCACUGAGGAAUCGAACUUAUGGCAGUCUGUUCCGUCUACUUCUGGAACUUUAAGCUUCUCUUCCUUUUGCAUACCUACUUCAAACACUAACACGGACCAUUUAAAUCCAAACCCACAUGAGAAAAGCCAUCAAAAAGGAUUAGAAAUAUUUGAUUUUGGUAGUAACCCACCUAUGGUUUACGCCCAAAUGGAUGAACCUGUUGGAAGCCAAACUCAGAAUCAGGCUGCAGCAUCUUCAAGUCAAUCAGGAAAUUUUCUGCUUGAGAGCACCGAAACAAACCGAAGAGUUUGGAUUCCACCAAGUGAAGUUCCAAGUCCAAGUUCCUCUGUGAAGAAGAGAUUAAUGCAGGCGAUAGAGUUCCUAAGAGAAUCCACAAGUGAAAGAGAUGUCCUUAUUCAGAUAUGGGUACCCAUAAAGAGAGGAGGGAAACAUGUCCUAACCACUAAUGACCAACCGUAUUCACUAAGUUCCAACUGCAAGAAUCUUGCGGAUUACAGAGACGUUUCAAGGAGCUAUCAGUUUGCUGCUGAGGAGAAUUCGAAUGACUUUGUUGGGUUGCCAAGCCGCGUUUUCUUGAAGAAAUUGCCGGAGUGGACUCCUGAUGUUCGGUUCUUUAAGAGAGAGGAGUACCCGCGUGUUAAUUAUGCUCAGCAGUUCAAUGUUAGUGGGACUCUUGCAUUUCCUGUUUUUGAACGAGGCAGUGGGACCUGCUUGGGUGUGGUCGAGAUUGUGACGACUACUCAGAAAGUCAAGUAUCGCCCUGAACUUGAAAAUGUCUGCAAAGCUCUUGAGGCUGUUGAUUUAAGGAGUUCUGAGAUAUCUGGUCCUCCCACUGUAAAGGCCUGUGAUGAUUCUUACAAAGCUGCCCUGACAGAGAUUCAAGAGGUUUUGAAAUCCGCCUGUGACACACAUGGACUACCUUUAGCUCAGAUGUGGGCCCCCUGCAUUCGACAAGGUAAAUCAGGGUGCAGACACUCCAGUGAAAACUAUGCCCGUUGUGUUUCAACCAUCGAUUCUGCUUGCUAUGUGCGCAAUCCAAAAGUUUUGGGCUUUCACGAGGCGUGCUCUGAGCACCACCUUCUUAGAGGGGAAGGCAUUGUUGGGAAAGCAUUUUUGACGAACCAAUCAUGUUUUGCCACUGACAUCACAGCUCUUAGCAGGAUCGAAUAUCCCCUAUCUCACCAUGCCAAGUUGUUUGAAUUGUGUGCAGCUGUAGCAAUUUACCUUCGAAGUAUCCAUAGUGGAUCAGAUGAUUUUGUAUUGGAGUUCUUUCUGCCAUCUGAGUGUCGCGAUCCUGAAGAACAAUGGCAUAUGCUGAGCUCAUUGUCCUCUGCGGUGCAAAAAGUUUGCCGAAGUUUAUGUGUUGUCACGGACCAUGAGUUAGCGGAAGAAAUGGGAUUCGCAGAUAAAGUAAAUGUUUUCCCUUCAGGCAGGAGACUUGAUGAAGAAGAUGAUCGGAAAUUGGCAUCUCCUGUUUCUAAAGAACCUUCUCAAGAAGAGUUGCCAUUGAUUUCCAAUGUGAUGGAGACUAAGCGGAUUGGGAAAGAAGCUUCUGGUUUGUUGCAACCAGAAGAAGAGUUCAAGGACACAAGCGAUAAUGACCGAAAAGAGUUAUAUCAUGGCAAAAUGUUUCCAGAGAAUAAGCAAAUUCAUCAAGAUUCUGGAACCAAAGGAAGUGCUGUGAGUGGUGGAGAAUUUUCUUCUGUUGGCAGAAAUUCCCUAUUAGGUGUCAGAAAAGCUGGUGAAAAGAGACGAACAAAGACUGAGAAAUCUAUCGGCUUGCAAGUACUUCGGCCAUAUUUUUCUGGUAGCCUGAAAGAUGCUGCAAAGAGUCUUGGCGUGUGCCCCACCACCUUGAAAAGGAUAUGCAGGCAGCACGGCAUCACCCGGUGGCCCUCUCGAAAGAUCAAGAAGGUUGGGCACUCAUUAAAGAAACUCCAACGUAUAAUUGAUUCCGUGCAGGGUGUCGAGGGUUCUAUUCAACUUAGCUCCUUCUAUAGCAAAUUCCCAGAUCUAAGCUCUCCAAAUUUAACUGAGACCAACCCAGUCUCCACAUCGAAGAUCAGUUGUCAGUUGAAGCCGCUGAACACCCAACCAGAUGGCAGCAGCUUAUUAAGCCCGUUAACCACUAGUUCAAUAUCUCCUUCCUCUUCCUGCAGCCACGGCUCUAGUUCAAGUUUUUGCUGUUUCACAGAAGCAAAGCAGCCACCUGUGACUGUCCAUGGUUUCGUGGAUGAUGGAGAUGCUUCAUUGGAAGAAGAACCCAGUGUAGUGCUAAAAAGAGCACACUUCGAUGCAGAAGUACACGACUAUGGUCAAGAGGAAACAAAGGCUCUUUUAAAAACUCACAGCCGCCAAGCUUUCAGGGAGCCUCCAUUGCCAAACGAUAGUAACCGGGUUUUACGAGAUGGUGGUAGUGGUUUAAGAGUAAAAGCCACUUUUGGAGAGGAAAAGAUCCAGUUCAGCUUCCAACAAAAUUGGGGUUUUCGAGAUUUGCAGCAACAGAUUGUGAGGCGUUUCAAUAUUGAUGAGAACACUAAAGUUAACCUCAAGUAUUUGGACGACGACUCUGAAUGGGUUCUUUUGACCUGCGAUGCUGAUCUUGAGGAAUGUACCGAUUUACACAGGUCGUCUAACAGCUACACAAUUAAACUCUCCGUCCAUCAGUCUCGUAGUCCAAACCUUAGGAGUUCAUUUGGUAGCAGAUCUUAGCUUGACGACCUGUUUUUGAGUCGCUUUUAUUUGGCGACAACCUGUUUUUGAGUAGCUUUUAAUUUGGUAAUGACCUUAGCAGGUGUAACAAAGAUAUACACGUUUCAAAAGUGCAGUUUAUUUUGCCCUUAUAGAGUUAGUAGCUUGUAAAAAAUGGUUGGAAUGAGAGGAAUUUCUGUCAAAAUGGUUGGAAUGAGAGGAAUUUCUGUCAAAAUGGUUGGAAUGAGAGGAAUUCCUGUCAA